AUUCAACAAUUGUGAGGAAUUAAUAGACGACCAGCAAAUUUAAUUAAAAUCGCAAAUAUCAAAGAAAAAAAAGGAAUAAAAAUUCAAAAGUUUUAGUGGAAUCAAAACAUGGAUCAUCAUUCCCAUGUAAUUAAGAAUAUAACGGGCUAUAAUACUGUUUUGGAUGAUGAUAACAUUUCCGCAACAAGACCGGACCUAUAUCAAAAGUGCAAUCGAAAUUCUCAUUCAAGUUGUCAUUCAAGCGAUACAAGUUCGGCAUAUAGCGGAUCAGACACAAUGACAUCAAUACAUAGUUCAUCUAUUGAUGCCGAGGAGGUGGAUUUAUCGGGUCUUAUCGAGUCUGUCGUGGACAGCGAUGAGGAGGAUUUGACAGAGUCUAUGGAGAGUGCAAAUAUUCGUGACACUGUUCGCGAUUGUCUCGAGAAAGAUCCAACAGAAAGGACUGAAAGUGACGUUGAGGUGCUCCUCGGUUUUACGCAAAAUUUAAAAGCAUUUACUAAUAUGACGCUGACAGUAAGACGUGCUUUAUGUUCUGUGAUGGUUUUUGCUGUUGUAGAAAAGGCGGGAACGGUUGUUAUGCAUGAAGGCGAAGAAUUGGAUUCAUGGAGUGUCCUUAUAAACGGAAUUGUUGAGAUAGAACAUCCAGGCGGUGCUACAGAACAACUUCAUUAUGGCGACUCAUUUGGAAUUGCGCCAACAAUGGAGAAAUCAUAUCAUAGCGGUAUUAUGAGAACAAAAACAGACGAUUGUCAAUUUGUCUGCAUAACACAAACUGAUUAUUAUCGUAUCCUGCAUGAGGGUGAAGGUAACAUAAGAAAACACGAGGAAGAUGGAAAAGUUGUAAUCGUAACAGAAUUACGAAAAACAGACGUAGCUGGUAAGAGGGAACCCGUCGUGAUUCGAGGAACACCGGAGAGAUUAAUGUUACAUUUGAUUGAGGAGAAUUCUAUAAAUGAUCCAACUUAUGUCGAGGACUUUCUUCUUACUCAUAGAACAUUUAUUGAUUCACAAAUUCGUGUUGCUAAUCAAUUAUUGGAAUGGUUUCGUACUGACGAGAUUGUGGAUGAAUUAAAACCACCAAUAUCCGAUGGAUCCUCAUCAGCCCCAUCAUAUAUUGAUGUAAAGUAUCGUGUUGCACGCGUUGUAAUCUUAUGGGUAAAUAAUUACUUUACUGAUUUCGAAACUGAUUCUCCAAUGAUGGAAUUCUUAGAGAUAUUCGAGUCGGAAUUAGAGAAACAUUGUAUGUUAGAGGAAUUAAAGUUGUUACAUGUUGCGCAUACACAUAAAGCCAGAACAAGAACAAUUACAUUGACGAGAAGUUCUCGAGAUGAGAGCUUACAUUUUAAGAUUAUUGGUGGAUAUGAGAAAGGAGGUGGAAUAUUUAUAUUUGAGGUCGAUAAGAAUUCAAAAGCUUGUGAUAUGGGCUUAAGACGUGGCGAUCAAAUAUUAGAAGUUAAUGGACAUAAUUUUGAGCAUGUGACACAUGUCAGAGCAAUGGAAAUUUUGACAGGAACAACUCACUUGAGUAUCGCUGUCAAAAGCAAUUUACUCGUUUUUCGUGAACUUUUAAAUUCAACAAAUAAAAAUUCACCAAGACUAAAAACGAAAAUGAAAAUUGCAUCAGAUUUGGCGAAAUUGCAAGCAACAGACACACGAGUGAGAUUAUCAUCCGUUGAUUUACUAACAUCCAGUCAUGACGUCACCGAUAAUGUUGCAAAUGAUCCACUUUUAAAAUAUUCAAAUGCAUUCUCAAAGUCAUCAUUAUUAACACCAAUAAAGUUUGGAAGUAUCGAUUCGGGACAUGGAAAAGUCGCGAGUCUUAUGAAUCACCAUAAAAAUAGCUUUUUAACAUUGGGACCAAAGAAAAAGAUACAGAAAGCACUUCAAAAAUUAAAUCUCUUACCAAAGACUAACACAAUCAUUGACACACCAUUAUCUAAUGCUGCUAAUGAGGAGGACGAUGCAAGCAGUGGAUUUUUAACAGGUACAACAGUCUCGUCUUCUUCUUCGUCAUCUUCAACAAUCAGUAAAAAUAUUAAUCAUCAGGAAAACACGGGAAGUGAAAUUGACUCAAAUCUCGAUGGAAAUAAUGAAGAUCCUUUGCUGGACGAUGAGAAAGACGAUAAUCAUGAACAUGAUUUUAAUCGACAAUCAAUAACAGCCUCAACCACAACAAUUACAACCAUGACAUCUGUUUCAUCAAGCGGAAGUGCUGGCACAUCAGCCAGUACAAAUACAAACUUUUACUCACAUCCAGAUAAUCAUCAGCAAGAGCUCGCAAUGUUUUAUGAUGAUAUUAAAUCAACAGACUACCCAGAGCAUGUGCUGAAAGUCUUUAAACCUGAUCAAACUUAUAAAUUCCUAUUAAUUCAUAAAGAGACGACAGCACAUGAGGUUGUCAUGUUAUCAUUACAGGAAUUUGGCAUGCACGAAUCAAGCAAUAAUUUUUCACUAUGUGAAGUGAGUGUAAGCGAAGGAGGCAUGAUUAAACAAAGGAGAUUACCUGAACAACUACAGAAUUUAGCCGAUAGAAUAGGCUUAAGUUCGAGAUAUUAUUUGAAAACAAAUGGAAUUACGGAAACACUUGUGCCGGAUGAAAUGGCAUCAGAACUAAUACGUGAAAAUAUUGUACAUUUUCUCCAAUUAAAUCCAAACGAGAUUGCAAUCCAACUUACUCAUCAAGACUUCCAGAUUUUCCGACAAAUCGAAUCGACCGAAUAUAUUGAUGAUUUAUUCAUGAUCAAAAGUAAAUAUAGUACACCAAUGCUUAAUAAGUUCUCAGAGCUUGUUAAUAAUGAAAUGUUUUGGGUUGUUGGUGAGAUCUGCAAAGAAACAAAUAUCGUGCGGCGAAUGAAAAUUAUUAAGCAAUUUAUUAAAAUAGCAAGACAUUGUAAAGAAUGUAAAAACUUUAAUUCAGUAUUUGCAAUUAUCUCGGGUUUGGGUCAUGCGUCGAUUUCGCGGUUGAGAUUAACAUGGGAAAAAUUACCGAGUAAAUAUCAGAAAUUAUUUAAUGAUCUACAAGAGCUCAUGGAUCCCUCACGAAACAUGUCAAAGUAUCGUCAACUUGUGGCAAUGGAAAUGGCACAGAAGAGAUCACUUAUACCAUUCUAUCCUGUCGUUAAAAAGGACCUUACCUUCAUUCAUCUUGGCAAUGAUACACGAAUAGAUGGUCUUAUAAAUUUCGAGAAGCUACGAAUGAUAUCAAAGGAAGUAAGAAAUUUAAUGGACAUGUGCAGUUCACCAACACCGUACAUGGACAAUAUUCUAAACAUGUUGGAUAUUAAGAAUCAACCAAAUGCAGCUAUGUCAGCACUUAAUCAAAUAACUACACAUUUCGGUCAUUCACUUGCAGCUAAUAUCAUCCAACAUGGAUCAGCGACAGUAAAGAGAAGAAAAAAGUCAGCACAGACACCAAAUCCAAAGAAAAUGUUUGAAGAGGCUCAGAUGGUUCGUCGUGUUAAAGCGUACCUCAAUAAUAUCCAAAUUGUUAAAGAUGAAGAGAAACUUCACAUUAUGUCACUAGAAUGUGAACCGGCUAUAGUUGUUUCUGCACCAAAUUCUGUUACCAUACGAAAACGUCAUCCGUCGCCCACACUUUCAACCACGAGCAGUACAAGCUCGAAAAGUGAAGGCAUGAAGAAUGUUGGGCCAAAAUUUGGAACAGCAUCGCCGCAAGCUGUCAAAAAGAUUUUAUCGCUAGCUGAAAACUCAAAAACACGUCCACAUCAGUCAAGACUUUUAGGAAUGAAUCUUCCGCACGGAUCUGCGUUACCAUAUUCUCAUAAUUUGCAGCAUACGAAUCUAAGUCCAUCUCCAUCGCCCGGUUCUCACAGACGAAUUGCUUCUGCUGCCGGCUCAUCAACAGCAUGGCAACCAAUGCAUUGUUUUGCACCGACAAACGUUGGAAAGUUUGUGCAUGAACGAUCGCAUUCUGACACGCCAAACCCGUUACCCUCAGUAGAUUUAUCAGCUGAAAGCAGCUCUGUGACAUCACUCAGCAAUUUGCCAAUAAGGAAGACACACGGUUCAAUAUCCUCGACAGACAGUGGACAUAGCGAUGCAAUGAGUUAUUGUGAACAAAGCGUCUACCAUUUACAAACCACAGCAACAACAAUGGCAGCUCCAUUGCCCCCAAGAAGGCAUAGUGCCGUGCAACAGGGUUCAAAUAAUACGAAUUUAUAUCAACUGAUCCAGCCAAAUAGUGUUAAUAAUUCAAGUACAAAGCAAGCAAAUGGAGAUUUAUCGGCAAUGCCACCUCCACCAAAUCCACGAACUCGUGUCGUCCAACAACCAUUUUCGAUAGGCAUUCCAGUGUUGCCAAAUGCUAAUAUCGGUGUCUCUGGCGCAAAUGUUGCAGGUUACAAUAUUUAUGCCUCACAGCAAUCGUAUCAGCAAUUACGACACACUGGAAUGAUUCCAUCACCUCCACCAAGAACAAAUCAACGUUACCACCCACAAGCACAGCACAGCAAUUUAGCUGAAAUGGCACGUCUACGUCAUCUUGGAAGAGCUUACUCUCAUGAAGGUGUUAUUGAGUCAUCGUUAGGCGGUGAUAUUGACAUAUUUUAUCCAGACGAAGACGAUGAUGACGAGACACAAGUAUCUGCUGUCUAAAACCAAAUGGGAAUAAAUAUAUGAAGACAAAAAAGCAAAAAAAAAUCACCAAAAUGGAUAACAAAAAAUUCAUUUAAAACACAAAACUAAUCAAAUUUAUUCGAAAUACUCUUAUGAGAGUUAAAAAAAUUUAAAUAUAGUUAAGAUAUGACUAUCGUAAACUUCUUUCUCGAUUGAUCUAAUUUUUAACUAUCAAAGAAUUAGACUUUAACUUUCUUACUUUCUCUACUCAAUUUCUUCUUCAUUUUAUUAUUAUUAUUUACUAUUAUUUCAUCUUUUCGACGUAAUGUAUGUGUUGUAAAUGUAUUUCUCAUCAUUUUUAUUAUUUUUUAUAUAUUAACUACAUAAUUUUUUUCAUUAGGACUUAAGUAGCAUAAAAAAAGAGAAGAAAAUCAUGUG